UUUUCUUGCCAAGAGUUCGGAAGCAUAUAGCUACUUGAUAUUUCUUUAAACACAGCUGUGCAAGGCAUUCCUUUUCCGAGAUAGACUUGGGAGCGGAGACAGAAAGGCGUCCCAUUUUCUCAAGGAAAGCCAUUGAUGUUCGAUCCCAGCUAUGCGCAGAUUAAGGGUUGUUUUCAGAGGAUGUGGCUUUGGCCAAGUUGAGCAAAUUCCAGCAUUUUUCGGAUCCGGCGGCUGUUUUGCAAAGAGCCUCAGCUUGGUUUCGUUCCUUGGAAAGAGUCGGACAUGGGGCUGCUGGUCCUGGUGGGUUUUGCCUUCUCGGCCGUGGUUUUGGGGGUCUCCUGGGGGUCCUCUCCUCCCAUAUUGGAUGUCACUUCGGUCUUGAGCCCCCUCGAAGCCGCCCGGAUGGCGGUCGAAGAUUACAACGAAGGGACGACGGGAAUUUCGUCCGUCUUCAGGCUGCUGAAGCUCCGGAACACCCACAAGACGAGGUUUGCCUGGGGGGUCCAUUUCAGCAUGAACUUCACCGUCAAGGAGACCCAUUGCCAGAAGACCUCCAGUUACCAGAUGGGAGACUGCAAAUACAAGCCCAACGGGGUGGUGAAGGAUUGCUCCGCUGAAGUCUCCAUUCUCAACUUCAUGCAAGACUCCCCUUUGACCUCCGUGAAAUGCCAGCGGGCUUCGUCCGGUGGACGGAAAACCAAAUCCGGCUCCCGGCCCCAAGCGGUGAAGGCGCCGAACCUUCAAAUGGAUGCAGAGCCCUAUUUCCCAUCGUCCUUUUCCACCGCGGCCCUGAGAGCUGUCGAAGAGAAGUAACAUCACGACUGAUCUCCUUCCGGACGAGAGCCAUUUGCGUUGCUUUUGACAGCCUCCUUCAUAGCCCUUGAGUGCGGCACAACACUUUAUUAUUUAGCCUCAUCUGGCUCAUCAUAUUGCUAAAUAUUAUCGCUUAUUCAUGCUACAUACUUGUCAUGAUCAUAUUGAAGGAGGGGAGUGUUUGUUUUUAACUGCGGCAGGAAUUUUUAUAUUGACAUAUGCCAGUGAUGGCCAACCUAUGACACGCGUGUCAGCACUGACACGCCUAACCAUUUUUGCUGACACGCUGCCGCAUGCAGAUUGAUUGGAUGACUAUGUCUUUUGUGGCCAAAUUUGAUGCAAUUUGGUCCAGUGGUAUUGUUGUUUAGUCCAUGGGAAUUAUGCACAUAUAUACACACACACACACACACACACACACAUAUAUAUACACACACACACUAGCUAUGCCUGGCCACGCGUUGCUGUGGGGAAGUCUGGUGGUAUGGGAAAUAAAGUAUUGAGGAAUUGGUGGUAGUUAAGGUAAAGGGUAAACGUUUUCCCCUGACGUUAAGUCCAGCAUGUCCCCUGGGCUGAGUUGAUUCCUAGGAGACCAAGUGGGCAGAGAUUAGUCCUCUAACUGGCAGCAAUUGGAUAAAAACAAUUAUUCCUUUCCCUCUAAUUAGGACUUUAUUUUUCUUUUCUUUUUGUUGUAUCAACCUAGAGGCAUGGAUGAUGGGUUGUGUUGUCAAAUUUCGAGGUUGGGGGGCCUGUAGUUUUGUUGUUUUGUUGGUCGCCGUGAUGCCAUCACUCAUCUAUAUAUAUAUAAAAGAGUGAUGGCAUCACGGCAGUGAACAAAACUCAUAUAUAUAUAUAUAUAUAUAUAUAUAUAUAUAUAUAUAUAUCAUAAUAUUAUUAUCAUAAUAUAUUAUCAUAUUACAUAUAUUAUUACUAUUAUAUUAUUAUUCAUUAUUCAUGACUACAUUGAAACUAGAAUAGAGAGAAAUCAGCGUGGAAACUGCAAGAGGUCCCAUAGAUUGUUGUAAAUGGAAAUAAUGGUCGUAAAUAGUUUUUGAUUUAUUAAAUACAGUUAUAUAUUGCAAUUAUAUAUUUUUGUUAUUUAAACUAUACAUAUUGUGAAAUUAUGGUUUUUUUCUCAAAGUGACACACCACCCAAGUCAUGCUAGUUGUUUUGGUGAAUUUUGACACACCAAGUGCAAAAGGUUGCCCAUCAUUGUCAUAUGCAAAUAUUACAUCAAUCCUAUGUUUUGGGAGAGACAAUCGCAGCAGGAGUUUAAGGUACUGUCGAAGGCUUUCAUGGCUGGAAUCACUGGGGUGUUGCAUGUUUUACAGACUAUAUGGCCAACGUAGCAGCAUUUGCUCCUGACAUUUCGCCUGCAUCUGUGGUUAAUGGCAUCUUCAGAGGAUCGGAUGGUUGUCAAGCAAGUGGAGUACACAGAAAGGCUGGACCACUCUGAUAACAAACACCGAGAAUCAUAGACUCAUAGAAUUUUUUUUUUCCGUGUCAGGAGCAACCGGACUUGCUUCUGGAGUGAGAGAAUUGGCCGUCUGCAAGGACGUUGCCCAGGGGACGCCCGGAUGUUUUGAUGUUUUUACCAUCCUUGUGGGAGGCUUCUCUCAUGUCCCCGCAUGGAGCUGGAGCUGAUAGAGGGAGCUCAUCCGCACCCUCCCCAGGUGGGAUUCGAACCUGGCAGCCUUCAGGUCAGCAACCCAACCUUCAAGUCACAAGGCUUUUAUCCCCUAGGCCACCGGAGGCUCCAUGACUCAUAGAAUAAUAGAGUUGGAAGAGACCACGUGGGCCAUCUAGUCCAACCCCCUGCCUUGCAGGUAAAGCACAAUCAAAGCACCCCCGACAGAUGGCCAUCCAGCCUCUGUUUCAAAGUCUCCAAGGGAGAAGCUUCCACCAGACUCUGAGGCAGAGAGUUCCACUGCUGAACAGCUCUUCUUACAGUCAGAAAGUUCUUCCUCAUGUCCUUCCUCUUCAUUUGAACCCAUGGCUCCAUUGAGUCCAAUUUUCCAGAGCAGAAAAGAAGCCUUUUCCCUCUUCCUUGUGACACCCUUUCACAUGUUUAUCCAUGGCCCUCAUCAUGUCUCCUCUCAGCCCUCUCUCCUGCAGGAUAAACAUGGCCAGCUCUUUAAGACACUCCUCAAAGGGAUUCUUGGUUCCAGACUGCGAAGAGCUAAUAACGACUGCCACCAAUUUGUAAUGAAUUUAUAACGCUGCCACCAAUUUGCGAAGAUGCAACCACCAAAAGACUCAAAGAGGAG